ACUCUCUCUCCUCCUCAUUCCAACUAUUUAGCAACUGCUCUGUAAAUAUACCACAGAAACAAGCAGGAGUACAAAAGCUUUCCAUUUCACCGAGAAACCUUUGUGUGGAGAGAGCUGUGUGUGAGAGGUCAGAACCCCUUUACCGGAGGUUGGAGGUCAUUAACGGGAGCCAGGAUGGGCUGCCUCUCAACCUGGACCUUUCAUCUGCUUCUGUUGGGAAUUACAGGCACCUUUUCUCAAGGGACAUGGAGAAGCAUCAUGGGGACAUCAUGGAGACCAAACCCAGCUGUGUACCAUUAUGAAGAUAAUUACGAGUGGACAACAUGGUUCAAUGUAGAUCACCCUGGAGGGAAAGGAGACUAUGAGAAGCUGAAUGCCAUUCGUUUUUAUUAUCGAGCCCGUGUCUGUGAGGUUCCUCGAGCUCUAGAGGCACGUACUACCGAGUGGAUCCCAGCUCGCAGCACUGGGGAAAGAGUACAUGCUGACCCAGCUGUGGGCUUCUGGUGUGUCAAUGAUGAACAGCCUGUUGGGAGAAACUGCUCAAACUAUGCUGUACGUUUCCUGUGUCCUAAAGAAAUUGUUUCAGAUGUUGAAGAAGUGAUAUGGGGUCCAUGGUCAGACUGGAGUCUGUGUCCAGCUCAGUGUGAUCAGGUUGCAAUACAGCAUCGCUCUAGAAGCUGCAAAUCCAGUUCCAAACAAUGCAAAGGCCAAACUGUCGAAGCCAGGCCAUGCCAAGGGCCACCUUGCCCACGCUGUGAACUGCACUGUGUGAUGGGCAAGGUAAAUGAUGAGUGCGAUGGCUGCAUGUGCCAGGAUCAUACAGUUUUAGGAUCAGUCCGUAGUGCCGGGAGUCUCCCUGCACCUGGAACUGCCAUCCUCCAUGCUGGUGCUAGGCCCAAACUCUUCACUGUAACUGAUCACAAUGGCCAUUUUCAAGUCCCUGGAAUCUGCCCUGAUGGCAACACGACACUAAUGAUCAAGCUGAAAAACCACGCUCCACACCAAGUCACUGUUCCCUUGAGCAGUGAACGCACCUCCGUUCUCCUUUUGAAGCUAGAGAGAGCAAAAAAACUGUAUGUGUUGAAAAACCCUGAGAACAAGGCUAGAAGGGAAGGUCAGACCGCUGCCUUCUGUUGUAAGGUUGAUGGGACACCUGAACCAAACCAGUAUGAAUGGUUCCACAAUGGUACUCUGCUGGACAGGAGUCAAUAUCAAUAUGACGAGACACUGGUUUUGAGGAAUGUCAGUUUGGACCAUGUAGGAGAAUACUACUGCAGAGCCAGUAAUGAGAACGGAGCCAUCAAAUCUAAGCCAGCCACCCUCACAGUUAUUGGUCAAAAAGCACCAUCAUGCAACCCUAAGCCUUAUUCCCAUCUGAUUCGACUACCACAUGACUGCUUUCAAAAUGAGACCACCUCUUUCUACUAUGAUGUGGGGAGAUGCCCAACAUCUACAUGCACAGGGAAGCUGGAUCUCGGCAUCAGAUGCAAAGACUCAGUUUCCUACUGCUGUGGAAUUUCAAACAUGGAGGAGAAAGAGAUUACAUGUCAGGAAUAUCAGUUGCCCAUCAUGGUAGUGACUCAGUGUGGUUGUAAAACAUGUGUGGACACAAAGGCUAUUGUUCGUGGACGUGCUAUCGCAGCAGACACUGGUGAGCCCAUGAGGUUUGGACACAUCUACAUGGAUGGCGCAAGAAUAAGUCGAACUGGAUACAAAGGCACAUUCUCUAUCCAGGUACCUACAAACACAGAGCGUCUGGUCCUCACCUUUGUGGACAACAUGCAGAAGUUUGUGAAUACCACAAAAGUGCUACCAUUCAAUCCUAGAGGUGGAGCUGUGUUCUACGAGAUCAAGCUGCUGAGGAAAAAGCCAGCUGUGAUUAUUAGCUCAAGAGAGACUAAUAAGCUAGAUCUUGGUGAGGUAGAAGGCCAGGAUCCCAUUGCGGAGAUCGAGAUCCCACCAAAUGCAUUCUAUAAAGAAAAUGGAGAGGUGUUCAUGGGAAAUGUCAAGGCCAGCGUGACUUUCCUCGACCCCAGGGAUGUAUCAACAGCAGCGGCUGCACAAAGUGAUCUCAACUUCAUUGGUGAUGAAGGUGACACUCUGCCCUUGAGGACCUAUGGAAUGUUCUCUGUGGACUUCAGGGAUGAAGAAGGAGGUGAGUCGCUCAAUGCCGGAGAGGUGAAAGUGCGUCUCGAUGCAGCACAAGUGAAGAUGCCCGAGCACUUGAAGACCAUGAAAUUAUGGUCCCUUAAUCCUGAUACAGGUUUGUGGGAGGAGGAGGGCCAGUUCCAUGCUGAGAAGAAACAAAGGGGGAAAAGAGAGGAGAGGACCUUCCUCAUAGGUAACAUGGAAAUCCGUGAGAGACGGCUGUUUAACUUAGAUGUACCUGAGAACAGGAGAUGUUAUGUGAAAGUGCGGGCUUUCCGUAGCGAACGGUACAUGCCUAGUGAGCAAAGUGAAGGAGUCGUGAUGACUUUAAUAAAUAUGGAGCCCACGCCAGGGUUUUCAACCAACCCUCGGGCUUGGGGUAGAUUUGAUAGUGUCAUCACUGGCCCAAAUGGCGCAUGUCUUCCAGCCUUCUGUGAUGAACAGAAAUCAGACGCAUAUUCAGCCUACAUCAUGGCCAACCUUGGGGGAGAAGAGCUAGAGGCAGUAGCAUCCUCUCCAAAGUUGAAUCCUAACACCAUUGGCGUCCCGCAACCCUAUUUGAAUAAACUAAACUACAGACGCACGGACCACGAUGAUCCCAGAAUAAAAAAGACAGCGUUCAGCAUCAAUGUGGCCAAACCCCGGUCAAACGUGGCUGAGGAAGCCAAUGGUCCAGUUUAUCCAUUUGACAAACUUAAAGAGUGUGCGGAAGCUCCAUUCAGUGCAGCUCACUUCCGUUUCUCAAGAGUUGAAGGAGAUCGGUACGAUUACAACACAGUGCCUUUUAAUGAGGAUGACCCCAUGAGCUGGACUGAAGACUAUUUAAGUUGGUGGCCAAAACCCAUGGAAUACAGGGCCUGCUACAUUAAAGUAAAACUUAACAGUCCCCAUGAGCUCAACGUUCGGUCUCGCAAUAUGGGAGGUACCCAUCCAAAAACUGUUGGCCAACUGUAUGGCAUUCGUGACACAAGAAGCAUCAGAGACAUGGACCAAUCAACUGUUUCAGCAGUGUGUCUGGAAUUCAAGUGCAGUGGGAUGCUUUAUGAUCAAGACCGAGUGGAUCGGACCCUUGUGAAAGUAAUGCUUCAGGGCAGCUGUAAGCGAGACAGUGUAAACGGCAUGCUACAGGAAUACUUGGUGAACCACCUUCCACUGGCUGUCAACAAUGACACAAAUGAGUUCACCAUGCUUGCACCUCUAGACCCACUGGGCCACAACUACGGUAUAUAUACAGUGACUGACCAAGAUCCUCGGACAGCCAAAGAAAUUGCGCUUGGCCGUUGCUUUGAUGGUACUUCAGAUGGCACCUCUCGAGUCAUGAAGAGCAACGAAGGAGUGGCAUUAACAUUCACCUGUGGUGAUAAAGAGGUCACUAGGCAGAGUAUGUUCCAGCAGAUACAGAACUCACUGGGUCAGGCCACAGCUGGAAGUGCACGGCCAGGAAGAGGAAACCGGCGGCAGAGAGGUGGCUCAACAGCACUUCGCAGUAGUAUGAGGAGGAGUACUCGUAAUUCCUACACACGUGCCCAGUCCAUUGGUUGAUAUUCCUAGAACUUAAAAACUAUACAUGAGACAAGACAGACCCAUUCCUUAUGGGGGCUGCUCUCAUGUUUAACUCAGAGUUACUGGAUUUAGGCCAUUUUAAAACUUGGCAGAAUAAGAAAAUUAAGGUUGUAUUUGAACAUGGCUGGGGCAAAGUCCCACAGCAAUUUAGUAUUGCUGAUAACAUCAACUGGCAAACAAUAUUACAGAUUUCAUGAAUUGCAACUCAAAUUCAUAUUAGAGUGAAGAAAACAACUUUUUUACUUUUAUUAAAAGCCUAUCAAAACCUAACAAAAAAAUCACCAUAUUUUUUAACAGUAACUCCAAAGGAAUGUGUGCUUCAUGUAAUUUUUCAUUUUUAUAUUUUCUAUUGACUUGUACUGUGGUAAACAUUUUACUACUUGAAACUGUAAAUACUCAAAUAUUUAUUGCAUACUUCAGAUUAUCAAAAACAAGGCAGUAGAACAUCACAUUUCCACUCAAACAUGUAUGCCAUUUAUCACUCAUUAAUUAAAACACUCUGAAGUUGUCCAAACCCUUUACAAAAAUACCAAGUUAUACCUUUAGUCCAAUGAUUUUAUUAAAUUAGAGCUUUAAAAAAAACAAUGCCUUUGUGUUCUCAUUGCCCAAUUUUAACAAUGUAUGAGAAAAUCCUCCAAGCUGUUUUUUAUAAAUAUUUUUUGCCAAUAACAAGUUUGCAUUUCAUUUUACUUCAUGUUUGUAGAAGCUUACUGUAUAGUGACAAUGGGUCAAACAAAAGCACGAAACCCCAUGGAUCUGUUGCUUCAACUAAUGAUGAUUAAACCCGAUCAUAUACUGUCAUAUGAGCAACACUACUGAAUAUCAUUAAUCGAUCAAAUGUGCAGCAAUACUUUAAAUAGUUCAUUUAAAAUAUACUUUGGCGGAGAAACAACUGCACCAUAGUUAGUCUGUUCUGCAUUCAUAUGAAGGCAAUGUCAACCGAUUCAAGAUCAUGCUUGGAUUCAGUUUUGUUUUACUUACAUUUUUCCAUUCUUUCAUUUAGUCAGGGUGCCUCCUCUGUUCAUUAUGUAGUGUUGACUCAAAGCACUGACAAAGUCCUAUUAUUUCAAAUGUUGAAUGGUUCACACUUGGAAAACUGUUUCCAAUUAUGCAAGAAAAGUACAACUAUACUUUCAAUAAGGACAUUCUUGGAAGAAAUUAAUUUGCAUAGAGCAUUACAUUUACUUCCGUGUAACUGAAAUUGCACAGCUUUAAAAACAUGUCACUUUCAAGGAAAACAAAAAGAUAUUGUCUGCAAAGUUUUCUACAAGGCAUUGAAAUGCUUAUUGAAGCCAAUCAGAGGAAACGCCUCCAUCAAAAAUGUCCCAUAUCAUAUAGUGUUUUCAAAAUAAAAAUGAGAUUUCAAGGCCAUCUGAAAAAAUUUACUUUUCCCCCAUUUGCCGCUGAGGUGCAAUGGGCUGAUAGCAGCUUUAUGAGGAGUCCGUCACCAGUGGAACCAAGUAAAGGGUUGACACUGUUCAGUGUCAAAGAUGGCACUGAGAAGCAUGAAAGGGUAAUGUUGCAUGUCUGCAAGGGCAUCUGGGCAGAGAGGGAAUGGGAACCUUCGUCA